UUUCUUUUCUUUUUUUUAAUCGUGGCUUGGGAAAUGAUUGCCUUCUCUAAACUCAUCAUACAGGGGCACACAAAUUUAGUUAAUGGCUGCUGGCUGCCUGUUUCUGUCCGCUGCUCUUCUGUAUCUCUCAGACUGCCAGGACAGAGUAAUUCUCUAUCCACCAAGUGCUCUGAGGACAGCCAGCUGGUUACUGACACUCACUCUCUGAUGACUGCUACAGUUAUGUUGUCUGCACUCCCCCCCACCCCGCCUCCAAUAGGCAAAUUUUCUUUUUAGGGAGCCACCAGCUUUCAAGAUGCCAGUUUGUGCUUUCGAACUGUAAUUGGGCAGAGGGAUAGGAGGAGAAACCCACAGCUCAGAUCAAUGGGUAGGAGAGAACCCCUCCCCUACAUCGUCUAAACAACAGGUGGUUUGGGGCACAGGGUUAACUCUUUUGCACAACACACACACACACACACACACACACACACACACACACACACACCAUCCCCACCUCUGCCCACACAAAAUCGUAGCGGAGUUUUCAGACUGAAUGGCACCUGCUGCUCAGAGCCCAGAAGCCCAUCUUGCAGGGUCCCUCCUGCUUGCGGGACACCAGGGUUGUCCAGGGGCUUGGGGCUUUGUAAACUAUGGACAUCGGAUAAUUUUUUGUUCUCCUCUGUUCCCUUCAGUAUAUCCCACCGUCCCCUCUCCACCCGCUUCCAGGACCUUUCACUCUCUGGGGAGGGGUGAUCUCCAUCCUGACCCUCUGGGAGGUCCCAGGAGGGCUAUUUUUAGCAGCGGCCGCUCUGCUUCAACUUAGCCCGGGGAGGAGCUGCGGUGUAAGAGCGGAUGACCGGCUCACAGAAGCCACCGGCUUUUUGGCAUUGUUAGGGUUGCACACAGGAGGCAGAGGACCGCUCUUCCCUGCUGUGCCAGCCAGGUGGGCGGCUCCGAGCAGCGCGACCAUCCAGCCGCGUAGAGGCUUGAUUUCCCGGUGCGGAACGUGGGGCUCCGCGGCCCGCCCAGCGCAGGCCCGCCAGCCCUAGACGCCUGGUGGUCUCCGCAGAGGAGGAAGUUCCCGGGCACUGCUGCCUGCGUCACAGCGGGGCUGGCACCGCGGCGGCGACUCGGCAGCUGGCGGCGACCCCGGGGCUGGGCGCUGGGCGGCGCUGGCUGCCGCGGGCCAGGCGGCGCGCGGGGCGGCGCUGGAGGCGGCUCCGCUCGCAGGCGGGGAGGCACCGGGGAGGAGGAACAGGGCUGCGGAGCUGGGGCGUUAGCUGCGUCCCGGCUCAGAGCCCGCGAAGAGGACGAGGACCGAGGCGCCGCCGCGUCCCUGGCCGUAGCACUCUGGUCGCGACAAGCCAUGAGCAGCGACGCCGCGGUCGCUGGCCGUCGCUGAGCCCAACCCGGACACAGCUCGCCGCGCCCUGGCAUCCUGUUUUGCGGACACCCUCGCCCCCAGAGAAACAUGAUUCCAGUGACCGAGUUCCGGCAGUUCUCCGAGCAGCAGCCUGCCUUCCGGGUGCUGAAGCCGUGGUGGGAUGUGUUCACGGACUACCUCUCGGUGGCCAUGCUGAUGAUCGGGGUGUUUGGAUGUACUUUACAAGUCAUGCAAGACAAGAUCAUCUGCCUCCCAAAAAGAGUGCAGCCUGCUCAGAACCACUCUUCCCUCUCCAACGUCUCCCAGACUGUGAUCAAUACCACCCCGCUGCCCCCACCUAAACCCUCUCCGACCAACCCGGCGACCGUGGAGAUGAAGGGACUGAAGACAGACCUGGACCUCCAGCAGUACAGUUUCAUCAACCAGAUGUGCUACGAGCGAGCCCUCCACUGGUAUGCCAAGUACUUCCCGUACCUUGUGCUCAUCCACACCCUGGUCUUCAUGCUCUGCAGCAACUUCUGGUUCAAGUUCCCUGGAUCUAGUUCCAAAAUAGAACAUUUCAUCUCCAUCCUGGGGAAGUGCUUCGACUCCCCGUGGACCACUCGGGCUCUCUCCGAGGUGUCUGGCGAGGACUCCGAAGAGAAGGACAAUAGGAAGAACAACAUGAACAGGUCCAACACCAUCCAGUCCGGUCCGGAAGGCAGCCUGGUCAAGUCCCAGUCUCUCAAGUCAAUUCCCGAGAAGUUCGUGGUUGACAAAUCCACUGCGGGGGCUCUGGACAAGAAGGAAGGUGAACAGGCCAAGGCCUUGUUCGAGAAGGUUAAGAAGUUCAGACUGCACGUGGAGGAAGGUGACAUCCUGUAUGCCAUGUAUGUGCGGCAGACUGUGCUUAAGGUCAUCAAGUUCCUGAUCAUCAUCGCCUACAACAGUGCUCUGGUUUCCAAAGUCCAGUUCACCGUGGACUGCAAUGUGGACAUCCAGGACAUGACGGGCUAUAAGAACUUUUCCUGCAAUCACACCAUGGCUCAUUUGUUCUCCAAACUCUCCUUUUGCUACCUGUGCUUUGUAAGCAUCUACGGCCUGACGUGCCUUUAUACCUUGUACUGGCUGUUCUACCGUUCUCUGAGGGAGUACUCUUUUGAGUAUGUCCGGCAGGAGACUGGAAUCGAUGACAUUCCGGACGUGAAAAAUGACUUUGCCUUUAUGCUCCAUAUGAUAGACCAGUAUGACCCUCUCUAUUCCAAGAGGUUUGCGGUGUUCCUCUCUGAGGUCAGCGAGAACAAGUUAAAGCAGCUCAACUUAAAUAACGAGUGGACCCCCGACAAGCUGCGGCAGAAGCUGCAGACGAAUGCCCACAACCGCCUGGAGCUGCCUCUCAUCAUGCUGUCUGGCCUCCCAGACACCGUGUUCGAGAUCACGGAGUUACAGUCCCUGAAGCUGGAGAUCAUUAAGAACGUCAUGAUACCCGCCACCAUCGCCCAGCUAGACAACCUUCAGGAGCUCUCCCUCCACCAGUGCUCCGUCAAGAUCCACAGUGCGGCACUCUCCUUCCUGAAGGAGAAUCUCAAGGUCUUGAGCGUCAAGUUCGAUGACAUGAGGGAGCUGCCCCCCUGGAUGUACGGCCUCCGGAAUCUGGAAGAGCUCUAUCUGGUUGGCUCUCUGAGUCACGACAUCUCCAAAAACGUCACCCUGGAGUCCCUGCGGGACCUCAAAAGCCUUAAAAUCCUUUCCAUCAAGAGCAACGUCUCCAAGAUCCCUCAGGCCGUGGUGGAUGUGUCCAGCCACCUCCAGAAGAUGUGCAUUCACAACGACGGCACCAAGCUGGUAAUGCUCAACAACCUGAAGAAGAUGACCAACCUGACCGAGCUGGAACUGGUCCACUGCGACCUGGAACGCAUUCCCCACGCCGUGUUCAGCCUGCUCAGUCUCCAGGAGCUGGACCUGAAGGAGAACAACCUGAAGUCCAUAGAGGAGAUCGUGAGUUUCCAGCACUUGAGAAAGCUAACCGUGCUCAAACUGUGGUAUAACAGCAUCGCUUACAUCCCAGAGCACAUCAAGAAACUGACCAGCCUGGAGCGACUGUUUUUCAGCCACAAUAAGGUAGAAGUGCUUCCCUCCCACCUCUUCCUGUGCAACAAAAUCAGAUACCUGGACCUGUCCUAUAACGACAUUCGCUUCAUCCCGCCCGAAAUCGGGGUUCUGCAAAGUUUACAGUAUUUCUCCAUCACCUGUAACAAAGUGGAGAGCCUCCCGGAUGAACUCUACUUCUGCAAGAAACUUAAAACAUUGAAGAUCGGGAAAAACAGCCUCUCUGUACUUUCACCAAAAAUUGGAAACUUACUAUUUCUUUCCUACUUAGACAUCAAAGGCAAUCACUUUGAAGUCCUCCCUCCCGAGCUGGGAGACUGCCGGGCUCUGAAACGAGCCGGGCUGGUUGUGGAAGACGCUCUGUUUGAGACUCUGCCCUCAGAUGUCCGGGAGCAAAUGAAAGCAGACUAACUUAUUUUUCAUCAAAAUAUGACUGAAACAUGCUUCUACCAAAUACAAUAUAAAGAAUUAGGUAGUCCUAAUGCCUUUCCUAUAUUAUUUUUUUUCUUUUCCACACCAAGACAUGUACACAAAGAUCGAGUAAGGAGUAUGUAUUUUUUAAUAAAAGUUUAAUUGUAUUUUUUCAAUAUUAAUAUUUUAAAGUUUUAUUUAUCCUGGAAGCUGACUCAUCUGUUACUGCUUUCUGCCAGCAGGGAUGGGUAGUUCCAACUGGCCUUGGGUUUUGCUUGAGAGCUUGAGCUCAUUCUUGUAAGAGGAAAGGGAUCGUAGGUCGCGUGCAUUUUGGCAUAGUCUGAAUGGGUAGAGAUAUUCCGCCAACACCACCCUUAGUUCUUUCUACCCGUCAGAGCCCUUGGCGUGUUUCACCGUGUGCACUGAGGCGAGGAGUCUAUGCCAGCUGUUUUACUGUGAGCCUCCGCCUUCACGGGUCAGGUGGUGCUACUCUGUAGGAAACCCUAGACUGUGAGCUCACACAAGUGCACUGUCACAGAGUAUUACCCUGAGAAAUCCCCUGCCUCUGACAGCGUUAAUUGUAUUAUUUCCUAAACAGUUUCAGUUAACCUCGGCCCGGCUUUGUAAGUGGGUGAAGAAAGGAACCCCCUGUGGUUGCCGUCCUUGCGCGCAUGCGUGCAUUGUUUGCUGUCUAACUGAUUCGUGUUUUUACCACCAUCCUAAAAUAUGCCAUCAAAAAUUAAAUACAACCACCGCCACCCCCAUCCGCCUCAGUAUUGCCAUAUGGUACUGUUGAACAACCUUGGGGAAAUUAGAUUUAUUUCAAUAUUCUGGCAGAUAAUUAAAUUUUAAAUCAUAGAAUUAGAAGCCCUGUUUUGAGUAAUUUAAUCAUUUUUGAUGCCUUGAUAUGUGGAUGCCUCCGAUGGAAAACAAUCUUGCUACUAAGGCACUCUGUUAGAAAGCUGAUGUAUUCCGCACAGACCCCAUCCCAUCCCCUCCCCGGACCCUGUGCCGAGAUAUCAGUUCACUUUCUGCCUGCUGAACAAAACAGCCCACUGUAUACAGAAGCACAGCCAUCAGUUUCCCGCAAGCCUGCCCUCGAGGCCGAUGCCAGUGCGGCAAGCAUGGGAACUCCUCGGCUGUCUGCUUAAGGAUGCACCUCACUUAGAGCUGACUAACCUCUCGGUGUUCUCGCUUAGCAAUAGUUCCUGCCUAGUGUCGGGUGAAGCUUUUGUGUGGAGACAUGAGUGACACACUCCACCGACUGGCCUAGGGAAAAAUUUAACACCGACAGUGGGAAGAUGAUUUGACUUCCAAAACCCUGUUUUGAAGAUCGUUUUCUUGGCCCCCAUGACCUUGCCUAGACCUGUUUUUUUGUGACACGUAGACAUGGACAAGGCCUGGGAAACACAUGGUCCUCCUCGUCUGAGUUAAGACAGAGAGCUGUGAGGGUGUAGCUCAGUGACGAAGCGCUUGUCCAGCGCUGUGCCCGGAGUCUGAGUUUAGUGACCUGGGGGACGGGAUUCAUGGCGGUGGGUGGAGGAAGAGCAGUGAACAAUCGUGCGAGGGGCCAGCCAUGUGCAAGCACUUCUGUCUUCUGCUUAAAGUUUCAGUCAUGAUUUCUUUAAACCUGGAAUUAAGAUAAUAAUAUUUUGAAAUACUAUUAUGGCUUAUAUGUCUUAUAUGAAGAAAUAUUCAGUUUCAGAAUAUUAAAUCAUAUGAAUCACGUGCCAUGUUCAGAAAAGCUCUGUCUUAAAGAACUUACGGGCAGAUUGUCUGUUAUUGAGCAUGGGUAGCCUGUUGUGGAAAUGUAAAUUGAACCAAUGAAUGCACUGUGUUGAUUGUUAAGACUUGUGGUUAUUUCUAACAUCACCCUUCCAAGGGGACCUAUUAGAGUUAAACACCAUAGCUAAACUGAAGUCUUUCUCUGGCAUUAACUGAAAAUUAACCCAUAGGGGUUCCUAACUGAAGCAAAUCGCCAAUAAUUCAGUUUUAUCAAGCUUCCAAAUAAUUUGAUUUGUUUUCAUAGUGAUUGUUUUUUUGCAGGCUCACUCCCAACCUAGGUUGUAAAUAUCAUUCAAUAAACCAGAAUAAUCCCAAGACUAAAAGGGAAAUGUUCAUAGAUCUUUCUAUUAGAUUUUUAUAAAAAAACUUCCAAAGCCUCACAAACUCUGAAGAGUUUGGAUUUUCUGACUCCCGUCCUUUUUAACACGGUAAGCUUUUGUUCGCGUUCUCGCUUUCAGUUACUGUCCAGCCUUCCAACAGGAAACUCAGGUACCUGAACUGCUGGCUUCUCUAAUGUUCUCUGAUCUAACUCAGCACAGAGAGGCUGUCUGCCUCCUCUCUCUGUGUUUUCCAAGUGCUCUUCCUGAGAAGGAUCAGCUCUGUCCAACCUCCGACUCACAACAAACUGCUGUAUAAAUCACAAAUGUGCCAUCUGUACUCUCAACUCCGGGGCUCGCUUCAAGCUCAAGGUGGCCACGCUGCACAGUGAGGUUUACUAACAGAGUACAGAACAGCCGUCUGGUGGUGCUGUGGUUGGAAGGUCCUAAUAGAACCCCACCUAAGGGACCAGCAAGAUGGCUCUGUGGGGGAAUGGCACUUGCCAUCCACCUGAGGUCCUGAGCUUGCUCUCCAGGAUCCACACAGUGGAACAGAGAACCAACUCCCAUAAGUCGUCCUCUGACAGGUGCCACGCCACGAGCCCCUACACAAAACGUGCACAAACCAAUUAAUGAAAAUUUUACACCCAAGAAUGUAACACCUCAGAACAGAAUUGUGUUUUCUUAUUAUGUGAUUUGAUCUCGUUUUGAAUAUCAGAACUCUCGAUGGGAUAAAAUUUGUGAUGUACAUGAGGUCCUUUGCAUGGCCCACCCAGUCCUUGCCUGGUGUUACAAUGAGCUCCAACCGUCUCUGUGGCGUCCUAAAUAGCAAGCAAGCCUGCCCUUUCAGGCUCUUUGGAAAUGUCCCUGCCCCAAAGAUGGUGUUCAUUUUAAUCAUAGGCCCUGCUCUGAAAGGUCUGAAACAUGGACUCUUCCUUGGGUUUCCUCAACAAAAGAAGCCCAGUUGUUUUGUUUUGUUUUGUUUUUCCAGUAUGCUGGUUUCUGGCUUUAGUUUAUCUCACUCUCUAAUCCAAUUUUCACACCAAAUACCUGAUCAACAGUAUUGGCAUUUCAUCGAUACAAAAAAAUCUGUUAGCGCUACUCUUGUGAGUCUUGUUGAUGUCAUUUCGGUCUUUCAGAGUGUUAGUGAGGACUACAUUAAAGAGUUCACACUGGGGCAGAGUCUCAAGAACAGGGCUUCAUACCCAAGUGGAUAAAAAUUGCUACCACUGAGGAGACUUCUGGAAGAGUCUAUGGGAUGUUUGCACCUUUUCCAUUUAGAGACAUAGUAAGAAAUCCCAGUCUUACCUAGAGCAGCCGUGAGUUUUCAGGUUUAUCUCUCAGUCUUCAAUGAUAAUUAUUAUAUCAGCCUCCCACCCCCACCCCCAGCAAGUAUCUGCUCCCAUUCCCCUUCCCAAAGUCACCCACUAACAAAGAUGACAUUCUUAGGAUUAUCUGAGGGAGAGAGAAGAGAGUCUCUGCCCCCAAGGAAUUUAUAUUUUAAUCAGAGAGAUAUAGAACAUUGGACAGCUUGACUUACUGACCAGAUAGCAGCCACUAUGUGUUCAGGGUUUGGUUUGUUUGUUUGUUUGUUUGUUUGUUUGUUUGUUUGAGCCAGGGUCUUGCUUUUUAACCCAGGCUGACCUUAAACUUGAGAGCCUCUUGCCUUGGCUUCCUGGACACUGGAUUACAAGUGUUUACUGCACACCUGGCCCGAGUGGUUUCUAGUGCAUUCGUUUUUGUGUCUUCAUUCCCCUGCGACUCGGCUCUUUGGGGUUGACGCCCCACGCCUUACGUGCUUGCUCGUGUUCGGUUCGCGUCUGUUUGCUAUGUUCAUGUGCAUUCAGAUGGUCGAGGGCUGGCAAACUUCUUGGACUGCCGAGAGAAAGGACUGAUGGUUGGUUUGUCAGAAUACAUGUUCAUGAAAGGAAACCGUCUUAAUGUUACUUCGCUAUGUAGUGUACAGGAACAAAAAUAAAUAAAGUUGUUUUUGUAACGUAA